CAGGAAGAAGCUGUCAGUUGGACCACCCCUCCUGUACCCAUGGCGUGUUUGGAGCUGGAGCCACCUGCCUACCUCUGUUUACACGUGUAGACAAACCUGCUAUUGUGUCUCUGUCUGUUUCGUGUUGUUUCAACCAUGUCUGUGGUCAGAACGAGUUUAAGACUGUUCGUGUUCGUCGCAGUCACCGUCCUGGCCAUGCUGCUGCUGCGGCACUGGAUGGCCACCAAGAAUUACGUAUUCAACAAAGAAGACGUCGCCAAAUUGGCCAAACAGUACGCAGGACAGGACCAUGAGCAGGCCUUCUCCAAAGUGGUGGUGGAGCUCAGGAAGAGGUAUCCCGGCCACAUCCUGCCAGACGAGGACCUGCAGUGGGUGUUUGUGAACGCCGGAGGUUGGAUGGGCUCCAUGUGUCUCCUACACGCCUCACUCACAGAGUACCUGCUGUUGUUUGGUACUGCAGUGGACACAGGAGGACACUCAGGUCGUUACUGGGCUGAGAUUUCUGACACCAUCAUAUCCGGCACCUUCAGACAGUGGAAAGAGGGGACAACCAAGAGUGAGAUAUACUAUCCUGGCGACACCAUCGUACACGGUAUAGGCGAGGCCACGUCUGUCCAUUGGAGUGCCGGGACAUGGAUGGUGGAGUACGGCCGGGGUUUCAUCCCCUCCACGCUGGGAUUCGCUCUGGCAGACACCUUCUUCAGCACCCAGGACUUCCUCACAAUGUUUUACACCGUACGUGUCUACGCCAAGGGUUUGCUGCUCGAAGCUGGUACACUAUUUACAGAGGCUGGAGUUUUCUGAGGCACUUUAAAAGCUUGGACGCCCACACGGGAACAAUAACAUCAAAUGUUCGCCUUGUCAUCACACACCAUUUUACCCCUGACCAUUAACAUCUAGCAAAAAAAAAUCUGUGCCAGAUCAUUUCAAGUUCAAUUAUCUUUACAGGGAAUUGUAAACAAUUACAAUUUGAAUUAGUACAGUUAAUCACAUCUACAUUCAAUUUUCCUCUGUACAAAAUAAAGUGUUGAGUCCUUUGUCCCUUUACCAACACCAGUCCAUUGACUCAAAGGCUGUACCACUCACCACAUUAUGUAAAACUCAAGAACAUGGCAAUCUGAAUCAAGCCCUAGACUGUCGGCCAGAGUCCCUCGCUCAUAGCAUCUUAUUCUACACAAUAAGCAUUUCUCAGAGAUCAAACUUCCUACGUAGUCAGUGAGGUAACACGUAACAUUAAAAAAAAAAGUCAACCAUAUUUUUUUAGGAUCUGGCUCAAAGAAUUGAGCCCCAACGAGUUCUUCCACAAGUAGUUUCUACUUUUGCCAAAUCAAAGAUUCUCCUAGAAACAAUAAGGCAACAUUUGUAACCGGGCUUUUGAGUAUUAAGUCUUGUAGCAACAAACCACUUUUAAAGUAAGUGUUGGUUAUUAAACGCUGACGCUGUGAUUUGAAAAGUGCUUGCUGACUAUCAAAUUUGGGGACCAAGGAAUUACUUUUAAAACAAAUAUGCAAUGCUGAAUUAGGCUUGUAAAACAAACAACAAAUAUACAAUGCAAAGCCACUAUUUUCUUAUUAAAUACAGCAAUUUCAUAUUUAUAUGCCUGUGGAUUCUCUGUAAAUGAGGGUGUUAAACCAGUCACAGAGACCAAUGCCAAGAAGUGCGCUUGCUCCAAAGAUCAAGUGUCUUUUGACAUUUGGCUCCAUUUUCUCAUUCACACCCGAUCUGUUUAUACUAUAUAUUUUUUGAAAAUGUUGAAAACCUGAGGGGCUAUAUUAAAGAAAACUGCCUGGACUGUGUGUGUGUGUGCGCGCGCGCAGUGUCCCAUUUUGGGCUCUGUAUGAGUCAUAGUCAGAUCCAUACCAGCUCAGAGACAGCAGUGUUUUAAUCAUUAUAGUUACUCUGUUGUGGUGUCUGCUUCACUACUUCAGAGCCACUGUGUAGCAAUGAAUUUAAAUUUUAAUGGAGCAAUUUUCACACUUUUUUUUUCUCACAACCAUAACUUUUUUAGCUGUAAUGUGUCCGGGUUCAAUCAUUUCAUCUGUCAAAACUUUGGUUUAUAAAAUCUAAUCACGGUUGUAAGACAUUUUCUAGUUUACCCCACAUACUGUAUGGUGCUGUUAAACCCUAACAGAUAUGAGUUAGAAAUAUGGGAGCCCUUUAAAAUGUUUGUUCAAAAUGGAAAGAAACAAAGAUGUUCUGUACUUUAGUCAUCUGCCGUGUUAUACUGUAAUUUUACAUGUUACAUUCAUUUUCAAAAACUGCAUCUUGAGUUUUAUGAGCUUCAAUGAAAAUGUAACUAGUGAUGCACUUGAACUCCAGUGUCCUCCGUUCAUUGUUAGGAACUUUACACUAUCCCAACAGGGCAAAAAAACAAACACUAACCACAGGCAUAAAAUCAAAGCCUUUUGGAAAAGUUAUUUGUGUAUUUCACAUUGAAUUGUCUCUGCAGCUGAAUCCACUAUCCCGGAGUUUGUUCCUUUUCAGAUAAAACAAUCGUAUUUUCAAACUGAUACCUGAUACCUGGUUUCUGUGGAAUGAACUUCUACUGUAUUAUUACCUGAAACUGGAGUUAUCUGAUUUAUAUACAGCAGCAUCAGUAGCAGUGUGGUGUCAUGGAUGGAUGGCAAAAUGACAAAAAAAAGUAUCACUGUACCUUAAAUGUUGAUGAGCAGAUGUGCAAUUUACUGUGGGGUAAAAAUGAAAACUGACAGUGCCAGAAGAAAUAAAUGUUUUUGAAGGAAA